AUCUAGUAAAAAUCUGGUAAGCCUUUCUCAAGAUGGCUGUUACAGAUGUUCUGGAGAAUAAUAAUAAUAAUAACAUCACAAUUCCUGAUCUAGAACUACAUCUGCAAUUUGACGCAUAGAUUUUAUUUGGACGAUUAAAAAAGUGCUUUUAGGAUAUUUUAAAGAUUAUCUUAAAUUCAAAAUGUGGCACGAAGCCAGAAGGCAGGAAAAGAAGAUUCGGGGAAUCAUGGUUGACUACAAAAGAAGGGCAGAUAGGAGAAGAGAGUUCUAUGAAAAAAUAAAACAAGACCCAGCUCAAUUUUUGAGAAUGUAUGGCCGUCCUGUGAAGAUUCACCUAGAUCCAGCUGUUUCUAUGGCUGCUGAAGGACCGCAAAGCAUGAUGCCAUGGCAAGGAGAUCCAAAUAACAUGAUUGAUCGCUUUGAUGUUAGAGCUAACCUUGAUAUUAUUCCUGAAUAUAAUUCCCACAAAGCACCCAGAUCUGAACCUGAUGAUGAGGAUGAGCGACUUGCCAAUUAUGAACGCUACAGAACAUUAGUUGAAAAUGAGGCAGCAGGAUUAACUGAAGAACAGUGCCUGCAUCAGAUUUAUUUAGAUGAACAUUUUGGAACAAUCAGCAAAGGGAAUGAAGAAGAAAAAAAAAAAAAUUCAGAAAAAAAAGCUGCUAUAGGUUUUGUUUACGAGGAUAGUACACCAGCUGAUAAAUUGGCAGAUGAUGAUAAUGACAGUGAAGAAGAAAGUGAAGAUGAUUUAGAAACAGCAGAUUUAGAUGUUACAAUAGACAUAGAUUCAUUGACCCCAGAGCAAACAAAAGAAGUGAAUUUGUGUGCUUCACAAUAUGGCAUGAAAGAUGAUGAUUUUAGCAGGUUGUUGAGGAAGGACAAGGAAGAAUUAGAAGCCCUUAGAGAAGCUAAACAGCUGGAAGAGGCCAAAGCCCAAUUUUCAGGACGCAAAUCAAGAAGAGAACGUCGCGCUAUAAAUGAAAGACGUCAGAAUCCACAAAGAUUUAGCAGACCAAGUUAUGCUGCUAGAGAAAGUCCGAAAUAUGAACCAUACAAAAGGCCAGGAUCUUCCUCACGGUCUCGUUCACGGUCUCGAUCAAGAUCAAGAUCAUCAGAAGUGGCCCCUGUGACAUUUAUUACAAGUUUUGGAGCAGAAAGUGAUGAUGAAGGUGUAGUUCAGGGACCUGCGCUACCUAAAUCUACCAAACCAGCAACACCACUUAAAAGGAAACCAUCCCCAGAAACUUCUAAGUGUGAGACUCCAUGGCUCUUACAGGAUAGUUCAAUCAGCUCUAAAAAUAAAGACACCUCUGGCAGAUCUUCCUCUAGAUCUAGUUCAAGGACUCCGCCUGGGCACAGGAACCGGUCCAGUAGUAGUAAGUCAAGUCUUUCUUCAAGCAGGUCAAGGUCUAGGUCCAAUUCCAGAUCUUUGUCUAAAUCUGGCUACGGAAGAGUUUCACCAAGUAGAAAAGGAAGUAAUGGUAAAAGCUUAAACUUCUCAAGACGAAGUCAUCGGUCUCGAAGUUCUAGUUCAUCAAGAUCACACAGCCGGUCUAGAUCAAGAUCGUCUGCUUCUUAUCAACAAGCAAAGAAAAGGUCGGAGAGCCCUGUUAAAAAGCCAGUUGUUAAACGGUACAGGAGAGAAAGUUUGUCUUCCAAUUCAGAACUAAGUGGUGUUGAGUCUGAUGAUGAAAAAAAAUUUAUAGCAAAUACAUCGCGCUUGAAAACACCACCAAGUAAAGAUUCUGACACAAAAUCUGAAUUAUCAAAGAGUGGUAAAAUAAGCAGCAAACCUCUUCAAUCUCAAAGCUUAUCACUGUCUGGUUUAAAAGACACGCCUAAAGAGAGACUUAAAAGGAAAAUGCAAGCUCAACUUAGCCGGCAAUUUAAAGCAGAUAAAAAAGCAGAAAUUACAAAAAUUACCAAACAAGAGCAAGAAAGACUGGAUAGAGAAGAGGAAAUCAGAACCUUAGCCCUUGAGAUGAGGAGGAGGGAGAGAGAAAAAAGGCACAGAGAACAGGAAGAAGAAGAACGUGAGAGACGUGCAAGAAGAAGAAAUCGCCACACAGGAAAAAGUAGCAGUAGUGGUGAAAGCAGAAGCAGAAGUAGCAGUAAAGGUAGCAAAUCAGCCAGUCGCAGCCCUAUUAAAAGUCGAAGUCCUCGCAAGAGUCCAGAUAAUAAGAAAGAAGAUAAAACUGUAGAUAAAAGUAGGCUUGGGAGAUAUGAUGAUAGGAAAAGGCCUUCCCUAGCUCCACCUCCACCACCACUUAUGGAGGACAGAAAGAGGGAUGGGAGGAGAGAUCAGAGUAGAUGGGAUAGAGACAGUGGCAGAUCCAACAGGACAAGAGGAGGCAGAUGGGAAGGUGCAUCACCACAAGACCAAAGCUGGGAAGGCGCACCUUACAACAGUCAAUGGGGAGGGAAUAGAUCUCAAGAUUGGGGGGACACUUCAUGGCAGAGCAGUAGGUCCUCCUACAACCCAAGAGUGAGACCUCCAUUACUCAAAAGACCAACUUCACCUUUGAUGUCUAGACCGAGACCUCCUAAUGACCCAACACUUAUGGAAGAACCAAUGGAUUUCUCUUGAUGCCAUAUGUGUGCUAGUAUGCCAGUUUGUGAAGCCAGUUGGUACCUGUAUUAAAAUGAUGUGGAAUAAACUAAAGCAUUAUAUGACAAGAAAUAAUUUGCAUAAAAUGUACAAAUGUCAACAUCUUUAUUAACUUGUAGAAUUGAUGUUUGCAAUAACUAAUGUCGGCAAUUUUUAAAAAUUUGUUACAAUUAUUAAUAAUUUUUACUUGGGGGUCAUCCAUUUUUAACAUCCACAAAAUUUUUUUAACUUUAAGCCCCAGACUCGUCCACCUUGGACGCCCAGAUAGUAAAUAGAUCUUACACAACUUAAUUUCGAAUUGAUUAACUCAUUGAUAAAUAUUAAAAGUAGCAUUGACAAAAUUAUAAAUACAUGAUGAAUCUUUUCCCAUAAGAUUUGUAGAGAAUGAAAUAAAAUUAUUUCUGGUGCUGUCCACACCAUUAAAAGUUCAUGACCCUUAUUUUAUUUCCUUCAUUGCUUGCUUUAUAACUAAGUUACUAAUUUUAUAAAUAUAGAAUCUAGAUGCCAUGAUUUAAUUUUGCAUGCAGGUCGAGUGAGUGAGUGUACUAUAUAAUUGUUUAAUAUUAAAAGUAAAUACAUGAAUGACUACACCGCCCCCCUCACCCACCUCCAUCUAUCCACAAAGGUCUACUUUUUUCAGACCCAUUCCCCACAUGUGGACAUAAAUUGAUGACCACCUGUUUUGGUAUCUCGAUCUAAAUUAAAACAAGGAAAAUAUAGGUUUGAAAGAAAAAUGUUGCUUGUUCUGUGCUAGGUAAGAAUGUUGACAUGUGAUCGUAGCUGUACUUACCACUGAAAAAUAAAUGUUGUGUCUGGUGUGUCAGAUUUUUUUUUUGUUGAUGGACAAUUUUUUGUUAAUACUUACAAUAAAGCAUAUGA